AUGGGGAAUCUUGCUGUUGCCUAUGACAUUAUGGUUCACUGGAAUGGGAACAAAAUCAGGAUACCAAAUGUGGAUCCAACUGGCUAUACGUACAUCUCCUUGCUAUUUGAUGUAACUGAGAAGGCAUUGAGUAAAAUGCCUGGCAAUGUUAAUAUGCUAAUGCAGAUGAGAUGUGAAGUUCCUGAAAAAAACUGCAUGAUGGAUGUUAAUGAUGAUGAUGCAGUUGCUGAGAUGUUCAAAAUACAUAAAUCUAAAUUAGUAAUUAACUUGCAUGUGUCUGAUAUGGAAAUUAUUCUAGUUGGUGAAGAGAAUACCUCAGUUAAUGUGAGAGAAAUGAACAAAGAAGAUAAUUUAGGCAUUGAACACAUUCCUAGCAAGGCAGUAGUUGUAGACAUUGGACAGUCGGAUGAUAAUUAUGGUGACUCUAGCUCUGAUUCUUCAUGGAAACACAACCUACAUAGUGACACUAAUGAGGAAGAAAAUGAGGCUCUUAUUGUGGUUCCUGAUUCUGAAUCUGAGGAAGAAAAUGAUCCUAUGAGAGAAGUAAUGAGACAAAAAAUGUGGAUUUACAACAGUAAAGAUGUGAUAGAGUUUCAAAAGGAUCAGUUAUUCACCAAUGUAGAUGCCUUCAGAGCUGCAUUGAAAGACUAUGUCAUUCAAAAAGGCUUUCCUAUUUUGAGAUUAAAGAAUGAGAAGAGUCGAGUCACUGCUGUCUGUGGUGUUGAGGGAUGUCAAUGGAGAAUUCAUGCUUCACCAGUGGCUGAUUCAAUCACUUUUCAGGUUAAAAGCUAUCAGCAAGAACAUACGUGUGUUAUGGAUAAACAAUGUGCUGAGGCCACAUCUGACUGGAUGGCCAAGAAGUUGGUUCCUGUUAUGAGGGAUCAUCCUAAUAUGACUAGUAAAGGGGUAGAGGCAGAGCUAAGGAAGUAUGGUGUGAGGCCUAGUAAAAUGCAAAUUUUUAGAGCUAAAAACAAAGCACUAGCUGAAAUAGAAGGCACAAAUGCUGAAUCAUAUACAAAAUUGCCAACAUAUGCUGAGCUGCUAAGAAAGUAUAAUCCCAGUAGCAUAUGCAAAAUACAUUAUGAUAAGCCAAAUAUCUUAGUUGAGCCUGCCUUCCUAAGAAUCUUUGUCAGUUUUAGAGCACAAAAGUUAGGAUUUCUGAAAGGUUGCAGGCCUUUUGUGGGGUUUGAUGGCUGUUUCUUGAAGGGUCCAUUUGGUGGUGUAUUGUUCACGGCAGUUGCUUUGGAUGCAAAUAACAGCAUAUUUCCUUUAGCCUUUGCUGUAACUGAAUGUGAGAGCAAGGAUACUUGGAGAUGGUUCUUCUACUAUUUUUCUGAGUUUUUUGGACCAUUUGAUCACAACAAACCUUUAACAUUCAUGAGUGAUAGGCAAAAGGGAUUGAAUCUUGCAUAUGAGGAGAUGAUUCCUGAGGCAGUUGGAAGGCAUUGA